CGGCCAGAAUAGUAAGGAAAAAGAGAGGGGAAAGGAAGAAAAGGAAGAAGAGAGGGGGAAGGAAAAAUAAAAAAUAAAAAAAUUUGAUUUUGAUUUUGAUUUGAGUUUGGAUUCAGAACAAAGGAAGUGAUUUGAGUUUGGAUUUAGAACAGAGGAAGGAAGAGAGGGGAAGGAAGGAGAGAAAAAAAAAAAAAAUGGUGCCAAAACGACCUCGAGCCAUUCGGGCCUUGGUAAAUUCGAGCUACGAAUCGCUGUUGAAUUAUAUUACUCUAUUAGUUUUAUUUGUUCUAUGAAUACUCUAUUGCCUAGGGGAAAACUACAUAAGUCUAAGAUUUGAAUAGUGAAUAGUAAUCAAGCAUUCUUACUUGUUGAUUCACAUCUAGAAAGUAGCUAUUUGGGCCAUUUUGGAAAGUCGGCAAUGCUUUGCUAUCUUACAAUCUUAGUACUGACCAUCUUAAUUCAAUGGCAAGAUCACAAUUUUUUUCAUGAUUUUGCUUUUAGAUGAAGUGGAAAGACCUAAAAUGAAAAUGCUGUCUAAUUAGGUGAAGGAUCAUCUUUAGUUAUAAUGAACAUUAAACAUAAAUUUGUUUCUAGAUUAGGUCACCCUCAAAUUAGCUGCAUGAUUUUUUAAAUCUCAACCCCAUGCCAUUACUAUUUCGAUUCUUCCACCUCAAUCUAGAAACAAAAGAUGAGCCUCGAAGAAAAUUUGUUUGUGAUUUUUGGUCGUUUGCAACUCUCAGACACUUCCAAUGAAUCUUCAAACAUUUUAGUAUUUCAGGUAGGCAGUCAGGGAGGUAACAGGUUACAGGUGUCCACGGACUAUGAUUGCCAUUCUCAGGUUUCCAUUUCUCUUCUACCCCAUAUGCUUUUCUGGUUUUUAUGCAGAUCUCGGGUAGGAUUUCUUUCAGAACAGAUGUAGCUUUUGUAUCUGGAACUGGCUUAAAAGAUUCAAGACUUAAGAACGUCUCAGCAGCCUUACAGAUUGUCAAUGAGUACAAUGAACUUCUUACUACCCAGCUUGAGAACCAAAAAAUAUAUUUUGAGUCUUUACUGAGAGAAGUUGAAGAAGAAGCUGAAAGGGAAAUAUCUGAAGCCAUUGAGAAGGCUGCCAGUGGCAAUCAGAAACUGCAGAAGAUGCAAGCCAAGCUGGAUAAAUGUGAUCAAGAGAAGAAUUUUUUUGAUGAGAUGAACAAGAGUCUUUUGAAAAAUCAGGACAUAUUGAAGGCAAGCAUAGUGGAAAUUGAAGAAAGGGAGAAGAGGACUUUAAAACUGAAGGAUGAUAAAAUACGAGAAUUGGAGGAACAGCUCGGAAAUUUGAUGGUGUGCCUUGAGCCGGUAAUACUGUGGAACAGCUGUCAUAAUCAGAUGAAAUCAAGGAUGGCAGUAUCUUGCCAAUGCAAAUAGAGUCCUCAAGAAACAGCACUCAACGGUCCACACGGGCUGAUGCUUGGAGGAUAUUCUGGUUCCUGCUGUAUUAAAUCAAACAAAAUGACAACAUUUUUCCGGUUGAAAAAGUGGUCAAACAUUUUUUUUAAAAUUUUAGAUUUAAAGGGGAUUUGAUUUGCUAGUUUAGUUUAGUGAUAUCAUAAUAGAUGGUGAUAGCUAAUGAACGUUAACCAGCAUUCUUUGUAGUUAAUUUGGAGGUCCAUGUUUUUUUGGUAAAGCUGACUAUGUAAAGAACUACACGCUACCCGCACUUAUUGUAACUUUUUAUGUCCAAUAGAAAUGUCAAUAAAAUUGUGUACCAA